UGCUACUGGAGGAGGUGUGGGAGAACAGACGAAUGAAUGUGGGCGCAAACAAAUGGAGGCACGAGAGUGGGUGCAGCGCACUGGGUUUGGCUGAAUCCAGGACGGCCCCCUGGAGGAAGAGGUUUUAAAGGAGGGAGCAGGAAGUCCCCUUUACACAAAAAAUAGAAUUUGGCAUGAUGGGAUCCUCACCUCACCUGGCCAGGUGGGUGGAGUGUCCCCACUUGCAGAGCAGACAUCCCAGGCCCAGGGAGAUGGAGUUGUUUAGGGAGCCACUCUGCAUGGGCAUCAGACAGACCCAAGAGUGCAGCUGGCUUCUGUGACUUUGGGCGUGUGACUUGAAAUGAAAUCUGAACUCUUUCCCAGUCUGGAAGGUCCGCAAAGUCGACCCCUCACACCCCCUGUCACCUCUUGUACUGCACCUCUUCGGUCUCUCAUUGCUCGCUGCACUGCGGUUACAGUGGGCUCUUGCUGAUCUGUGAGCCUGAGAGUCUGCUCAGAACCCUCCCAUGGCCGCCACCUCACUCAGAGCAAAGGCCUAAGUCCUCCCUGGGCGCACGAGGCCCUGCUCGCUCUGCCCAAUCCCCUCCCUGCCCUCACCGCCUCCUGCUGUCCCCCUUAGCACUCUGUUCCAACCCCACAGGCCUCCUCGCUGUUCCUCAAACACACCAAGCACGUCCCCACUUCAGGGCCUUCGUACUGGCCGUUCCCUCUGCCUGGAGCCGUCUUGCCUCACAUCCUCAUAUGGAUACUUCUUCCUGUCACUCAGAUCUCCUGAGCGUGCCCGCGCGUCUCCCUGCUCAUGCCGCUGGGACUGGGGCGGCGGAAAAAGGCGCCGCCUCUGGUGGAAAAUGAGGAGGCGGAGCCAGGCCGUGGGGGGCUGGGCGUGGGGGAGCCGGGGCCCCUGGGUGGGGGUGGGGCAGGGGGGCCCCAGAUGGGCCUGCCUCCCCCUCCCCCGGCCCUGCGGCCCCGCCUCGUGUUCCACACCCAGCUGGCCCACGGCAGUCCCACGGGCCGCAUCGAGGGCUUCACCAACGUCAAGGAGCUGUACGGCAAGAUCGCCGAGGCCUUCCGGCUGCCAGCUGCCGAGGUGAUGUUCUGUACCCUCAACACCCACAAAGUGGACAUGGACAAGCUCUUGGGAGGCCAGAUCGGGCUGGAGGACUUCAUCUUUGCCCACGUCAAGGGGCAGCGCAAGGAGGUGGAGGUGUUCAAGUCAGAGGAGGCGCUGGGGCUCACCAUCACUGACAACGGGGCCGGCUAUGCCUUCAUCAAGCGCAUUAAGGAGGGAAGCGUGAUUGACCACAUCCAGCUCAUCAGCGUGGGUGACAUGAUCGAGGCCAUCAACGGUCAGAGUCUGCUGGGCUGCCGGCACUAUGAGGUGGCCCGGCUGCUCAAGGAGCUGCCCCGAGGCCGCACCUUCACGCUCAAGCUCACGGAGCCCCGCAAGGCCUUUGACAUGAUCGGUGUACGCUCAGGGGGUGGCCGCCCUGGCUCUGGCCCCCAGCUGGGCACUGGCCGAGGGACCCUCCGGCUCAGAUCCCGCGGCCCCGCCACAGUAGAGGAUGUGCCCUCAGCCUUUGAGGAGAAGGCGAUUGAGAAGGUAGAUGACCUGCUGGAGAGUUACAUGGGCAUCAGGGACACGGAGUUGGCGGCCACCAUGGUGGAGCUUGGAAAGGACAAAAGGAACCCGGAUGAGCUAGCCGAGGCCCUGGAUGAACGGCUUGGUGACUUUGCCUUCCCUGAUGAGUUCGUCUUUGACGUCUGGGGUGCCAUUGGGGAUGCCAAGGUCGGCCGCUUCUAGGCCCCCUUCCAGACCUCUCAGUGACCUGGCUCCGCUUGGUGGGAGCCCCCAGUGGGAGGGCCACCAUGGCCUGGACCGCAGCAUCCGGCUUGGACCUUGCUCAGCAGCCCAAGGACGAUGCAGAGUGGAGGUGGGGCCGGGCCUCCGCCCCACUCCAAUCGGUACCACCCCUCCCCAGCUCCCACCCUGGCUGGGGUUCCCGGUCCCCCCUUGCCCUGUUCCCCACCUACCUCAGCCGGGUCAGGCGCAGGGGGUGGUGGGGGAGGGACCAGCCAGAUUGUGCGGCCACCCCCACCCCCAACACUUUCUGCAUCAGCUGCCAAACUGGUCUCUCAUCUCCCUGGGGCCUGUUUGGGGGUCCUGACCUCCCUAGUUUCCUGCUGCAGGGAAUGCAGAAGGGGGGCAUGCCCCCCCCUCAGCAAAUGCAAAAAUGGCCCCCCCCCCCAUGCCCCACCCAGAGAGGAGCCCCCUCACUUCGGAGUCUGUUACCUCCACAUUUGAAACACUAGUCUGCUGUGAACCCCCAACCUCCCUCCCUCCCCUGCUCUCUGUGUCGCCCUCAGCCCAGCCCCAGACAGAAGGGGCAAGAGGGACGAUGGCGGUGGGCUUUUGUAUCUGAAUUGCUGUCUUGAACAUAAAGAAUCUAUCUGCUGUU